GGCAGGGAAUUUCUAAUGGACAAACAAAUUAAAGGGGAAACAAACAGUAUCCAAUAUCAAAUCACUUGGGUUGUCGCUUCUGUUUCUUAGAUUCUGAGGGGAGGUGAAAGCUCCUCGUGUUUCCAGGAGCUAGGGUUCUAAAAGUAAGCUCUUUCUGCUGGUCUUUGAUCUUCCUCUGUUUCGGAUUGGUGCUCCGGGAAUCGGACCUUCAGGUUCUAACUGUUUCUGGAGAUUGAUACAACGAGCAUGGAUGAUGGAGAGGAGGAUCUCUCGGACCGCUAUCUGUUGCAGAAUCCAGAGAUGGCUCAGAGCUUCGAUGACUUGUUGAAGAACUCGAGAACAUGCACCCACACGCACACCUGCAACCCCCCUGGCCCCGCGGCCGCCGCCCACACCCACACCUGCUACCACACCCACACCCAAGUGUUCGCCGCCGGCGUGGAGGAGAGAAUUGGGGAAGACGAGAUCAAGAAGCCGCGGAAACCCCUCGGAAACCGGGAAGCCGUGCGGAAGUACCGCGAGAAGAAGAAGGCCCAUGCUGCCUUCCUGGAGGAAGAGAUCAAGAAGCUGCAGACCAUGAACCAGCAGCUGCUCAGGCGGCUUCAGGGUCAGGCCGCGCUCGAGGCGGAGGUGCUCAGGCUGAGAAGCCUCUUGCUGGAUCUCAGAGGAAAGCUAGACGCUGAAUUGGGAGGCUUCCCAAUUCAGAAGCAAUGCAACCUCCCGGGUUUGCAGUAUGACAGCAACGGCCAUUGCUAUGUCGGAAACUCUGAGAUGACUGAUUGGGAGGCGAGUUGCGUGCCGUCGAACAUCGAUUGCCAUUCGAACCAAGAUGAAGGAAUUGCUAGCAAGAAGAAUUCAAUAGAUGUUAUUGGGAGUUUAGUCUCAUCAACUUCCCAAACAGGGUGAAUUCCGGAUAUGCAUAAAAGGUUAGAAGAACUUUCAUUGUGAUUGUGUUUCAGAGUCAUAUUUUUGGACUCACCGGCGACGGAGCCUAAUCAUCAUCAACAUCUUGUGGCACAAGAUCAGGAAGAGAUGGCAAGGUUGCUGCAAGAAUAAUGCUACAUUUUGUGUGUAUAAGGCCUGUGAAUUUUUGUGCAUGUAUACAAUAAGAAAUCUUUUCUCUUUUCUCUU